AUGAAGAAAGGUGCUAGUACGAAUGCUAAUCGCAAGUUUUCAAAUUUGUUUGAUCGUAAAUUAAGUUUAUUCACGCGAAAGAAAAACUCGCAACAUCAUCAAGUUGAAGGCAGCGAAUUAACAUCCAAUUACAUAACUCUGGAUUUUGAUCAAAAAACAGAUGAUCUUCCAUCUUUCGAAUUGUAUGAAACGAUUAGCUCAGGCGUGAAGUGUAAAGAUCGAGACACCGAAAGCGUUCGAGGUCAAUCUCCAGUUUCAUCGCUUUCGGAACUGAGAAAGAAGUCAUCAGGCGAGGAAGAUUCCGAUCUACACACUAAGAAAAGCAUUUCGUUGCGCAAUCGAAAGUUAUCAUUUGCUGGAUUAAGUAGUGAGAGCGGUGGUUCAGUGGAGACAAUACAAAUGCAAAACAAUAUGCAGAUUUAUACAAAAACUGCAAAUUUUAAGGGUACGAUAGUAGCAAUAAAAAAGUUGAAUAUUGACCCAAAGAAAUAUCCUAAACUUGAUUUAACACGUUCGAUGCUUAUGGAAUUUAAACGGAUCAAAGAUUUACAACAUGAUCAUAUUACUAGGUUUACUGGUGCAUGUGUUGAUUGCCCACAUUAUUGUUUGGUACAAGAAUAUUGUCCUAAAGGAUCUUUGGAAGACAUUUUAGAAAACGAGAAAAUUGAAUUAGACAAAAUGAUGAAGUAUUCAUUAUUGCAUGAUUUAGUUAAGGGUAUGUAUUUUUUGCAUAAUACAUUUGUUGGUUCACAUGGAAAGUUAAAAUCAUCGAACUGUGUGGUUGACAGCCGUUUUGUGCUUAAAGUUACCGAUUUUGGUUUUCAUGAAUUACAUGCUUUAGAAGAUGAAAACAUCGAUGAAAUCGGAGAACAUGCUUUUUACAAAAAAAAAUUGUGGACUGCACCAGAGAUACUGCGCAAUCCAAAUCGCUACCCACCAAAUGGUACCAAAGCGGGUGAUGCUUAUAGUUUUGCUAUAAUAUUGCAUGAAAUGUUAUUUCGAAAAGGUGUUUUCUAUUUAUCUGAUGAACCUUCCCCCAAAGAAAUUUGUGAACGUGUUAAAAAAGUGCCAACAUUCGAAGAAGUACUAUACAGACCAUUAAUACCAGAAAGUUCUUCAUCAGAUGGUCAAAUCGAGCCAAAUUUAAUCAGUUUGAUGGCUAGUUGUUGGGCUGAAGAAUGCCAUGAGCGCCCUGAUUUUGCUGUCAUUAGGAAAGUGGUUCGGUCAUUAAAUAGGAGUAACGAAACAUCAAAUAUGGUGGAUAACUUAUUAAAACGGAUGGAGCAGUAUGCAAAUAACUUAGAGGGUUUAGUCCAAGAACGUACACAAGAAUAUCUUGCUGAGAAACAAAAAGUUGAAGAUCUUUUGCAUCAGCUGCUUCCUCGUAGUGUUGCUGAUCAGUUGAUAAGUGGUCGUGCUGUGGAGGCAGAAGCAUUUGGAAGUGUCACCAUUUACUUUUCUGAUAUUGUUGGUUUCACAGCCUUAUCAUCUGUAUCAACACCAAUGCAGGUAGUAACUUUAUUAAACGAUCUUUACUUGGCAUUUGAUGCUGUUGUUGAUAACUUCAAAGUAUAUAAAGUAGAAACAAUCGGUGAUGCAUAUAUGGUAGUGUCAGGUCUACCAGAGCGACAUGACCAUCAUGCUUCACAAAUUGCUCAGAUGUCUUUGGCAUUAUUGCAUAAAGUGAAAAAUUUUGUCAUACGACAUCGUCCCAGCGAACAGCUCAAAUUACGUAUUGGCAUUCAUUCUGGGCCAGUAGUUGCGGGAGUUGUAGGAUGUAAAAUGCCACGGUAUUGUUUAUUUGGUGAUACAGUAAAUACUAGUAGUCGAAUGGAAAGCACUGGUUUACCACUUCGAAUUCACGUCAGUGGUCAGACUAAAGCUAUCCUGGACAAAGAUCCAGGAUUUGAAUUAGUGCUUCGAGGAGAAGUGGAAAUGAAAGGCAAGGGCAAACAGGUCACCUAUUGGCUGAAAGGUUAUAAGGAUGUUUGUAUUCCUGAUUUUGGACCAGAAUAUCGAUAA